AAACAUAGUCCUAAACUCCUAAUAAAUUCGAUUCUCAUAAUUCUUCUUUCUAUACUUGAUUAUGAUUAUAUAGAGUAGUAGUAGUAUUUCAGUAGUUAAAGUAGAAUUUGAUUUUGGAAAUCAUAGCUGAAUUCGGAGCUUUAGGGUUUAAAGUUUUGGGGGGUUUUAGAAAUUUUGAGCAAACGAAGCCAAAAACAAGAUGAGCAAAAUGCCGCCUAACACGCCGCCGUCGAUGCCCCUCAAUCUCGUCUCCACCGAGCAGAUUCAGAAGUAUUUGGACGAGAACAAAAACUUGAUAAUGGCGAUACUGGAAUUCCAGAAAGUGGGGAAAGUUGCUGAAUGUGCUCAGUAUCAGGCCGUACUUCAGAAAAACUUGAUGUAUUUAGCAGCAAUUGCUGAUGCCCAACCUCCAGGAUCUUCGACACCCUCACAAUUGCAGAUGGCAACUAGCUCGAUGGCACCACGAGGAGAUUCACAUAUGCAGCAGAGUCAGGCAUCAACAGUGCACCACCAGCAACAGCAGCAGCAGCAACAACAGCAACAUCAACAGCAACAGCAACAGCAACCCAAAUUGCCUUUCCAGCUGAAUGCACUCCGCCCUCAAGAUCAGCAUAAUCAAAUGCUACAGUUUCAACAACAGCAACUACAGAUGCAACAAGGCCAUUUCAAUCUUGCAGGGGGUGCUAAUAAUGGUUUGCAUAUGCUUAUGCACCCCAGCCAUGGUAAUGCCAAUAUGAUGGACUUGAGAGGAAACCACUCUGGCACCUUGGAGGCAAGUUCUGGCAACGCCCAAGGUAACUCUGGUUUGGGACGUGAUGGCAGAGAAUGAUGGUUGUGUCAUGUGAGUUUGAACCUGAGCUAGAACACUGAAGAGAAAUCCGUUCGUUACCAAUCAAAACGUUUCUAGUAGUGUUCUGUGGGAGUCCUGCAGCAUUGCGUUUUGUCAUGCAGAUAACGAGCAUGUUUUUGAUGUGGAAAAUUUUCCCAUUUCUAGAUGGAUGGCUUGCUUUUAUGCAUGUUACACAAGCUCAAAUAUGUCUGUGUACUAAGAAACUUGUUUUUAAUUUGCAGAAACUUUUCUACAUGCAAUAUAUAACUCAAUGUCGACACUCAA